AUGAUAGAUUGUCCCCACCAGUCGUGAGGAUUCCCGUGUAUCAAUGCUGCAUACACCUGUUACAAAAGUUACAAAAUGUCCAUAAAAUUAUAAUAAGGAAGAAGAAUUAUUUUACAAACCUCAGCGUACGAUUGAUUAGCAUUCAUUGAUUCAACGUAGCACCGAGGAUUUCUGACCGAUCUCUGGGAUGGAUCUGGGGAGCAGACGGAAGAGCUCUGACAAGAGCUUCGACACAGACGAUGACUCAGAUUAUGCAAUGAUAAAACGGAUUAAAAUGGAACCCGAAGCAAUGUUGUCCCAGGAAGAUGAUAUAAUGGCCCAGUUGCAGCAAGAGAGUUCUGAUUUGGAAGUGGAGCCCAGUUUCACAUUAGAAGGCUCUGCGAAUGGUGACGAUUGCAACGAAGGUGUUUUAAUGCAACACAUGGAUAUCAGAGAACCUCUGUCUACCUUGAGGAAUUUAUUGGAACAGAGACUGGGAGUAGAAUUGACAGACUAUACUUUCUGGCUGCAAGAUGCACAAAUACUAGAGAGCCACAAGAACCUGGUGGACCAAUGUGUACAGGGAGAAGGAUUGGUACAGGUAAAUGUUCAGAUAAAAGCGACACAGAGAAGGAUAAACAUCGUGGAUGUUCUGAAACCUGCAGAGGAUUACAUAGAACUAGCAGAAAAUAAUGCGCCUGCACCGGUUAACGAGGACAAACGUAACGUGAUAAGGUGGAUGGUCGAUCCGCAGUAUAAGAAGGAGCAGGAACGGUUAAAAAUUCCAGCCGACCCGAAGGAAUGGACUCAGACGCACGUGAAACACUGGUUGCAAUGGGCAGUCAGACAGUUCAAUCUGGCCUCUGUAAGGCUGGCCGAUUGGAAUAUAACUGGCCAACAGUUGUGCAACCUUACCUUGGAGGAAUUCCAGGCUAAGGUCCCGCUGGACCCGGGAGAAGUGUUCUGGACGCACUUGGAAUUGCUUCGCAAGUGCAAAUUCGUCGCGGUUGUACAGAAAGAUCCGCCGGCGUCACCGACAGAGAACAACGCAGAGAAAGCUAUAAAGGUCCGCAGUCAAAAAAUCCCGAAGCCACGGCCAGUGGUGAACCAGCAAGCCCGAGUGGUCAGCGUGCCUUUGGACAACAUCGAUUCGACGCCGAUUACCAUAGCGACGUCGAGUCGUUCGGUGAACAGCGGUCAGAUCCAGCUGUGGCAAUUCCUGCUGGAAUUGUUAACUGACCGGGAGCACAGACGCGCGAUUCAGUGGGUCGGGACCGAGGGUGAGUUUAAACUGAACCAGCCGGAGGCCGUGGCGCAGCUGUGGGGCGCACGGAAAAACAAGCCGUCGAUGAACUACGAGAAAUUGAGCCGAGCGUUGCGUUAUUACUACGACGGGGAUAUGAUCUCCAAAGUGCAUGGGAAACGGUUCGUUUACAAAUUCGUGUGCGACUUGAAACAAGUCUUGGGCUACUCAGCCGCGGAAUUGAGUAGACUGGUGGAGGAAGGUAGAAGAUACUUCUGAUGGAUAGUUAUAUUUUUUACCCUGAAUGAUGUUUAUCAGCGUAAUUUCAACAAAUGUACAUAUUGACCUGAGAGAAUUGUGUGUGUAAAAUUGUUGUCCAGACAAUCCGAUGUACAUCGACAAGAAAAUACAAAGCUGUAUUUCCAUUUUA